AUGCGUAUCAGGGCUUACGCUUCGAACCAUCCAGCGAAGCCUACGAUUUUUUCGCACAAGGCGUACGCAUCGAAGCAGUAUGAGAGGCGAAGCCGUGAGUGCAGGAGACGAAGUCAGAAGGAGACGACGCAGGAAACGAAUCCAAAAGCCAUAACAAUUUCUAAAGCAGGAAACGAAGCCGAAGUUGUGAGUGCAGGAAACGUUCAGGCCUCGGUUAGGUCGGAAGAGCAGGUAACAUUCUUCUUUCAAAUACUUCAUAUGCUUCUGAUGUUCAUUGUGCAUCUUGAUGAUGGUGAUAACUACUUGUGGAAGUACUGCCCUAGUUGCAAGAAGCAUCAGCAGGCCAGCAAAAAACUUGAUCUCUGGCGGCUGCCAGAUGUUCUUGUUAUUCAUCUAAAAAGAUUUUCUUAUAACCGGUACACAAAAAACAAGCUGGAGACACUCGUUGACUUUCCCAUCAAGGGAUUGGAUCUGUCAAAUUAUAUUGUCUACAGGACCCAAGAACCAAGAAACCAAUAUGAGUUAUACGCUAUUAGCAACCACUACGGGAACAUGGGAGGGGGUCACUAUACUGCUUAUGUUUAUCACGAUUCAGAGGACAAGUGGUACGACUUCGAUGACCGACAUGUUUCUCAUGUAUCCCUCGACAGCAUAAAGUCUUCAGCUGCUUAUGUUCUCUUCUACAAGAGGGUUCAUGCCACCACUUGCUCAGUUACAGAAUCAACACAGUAGCUCUCAAUACACUUCAGCACUUUUAUCUUGAUUGACUUCAACAUUGCCCAGUUAUUCGGAGGGCGGGGGACAAAACAUUUUUGUAGGAGUAAAUACAUCUUAAUGACAAGCUAGCCUUUCCGUGGUUACCUGUUAGGUCAACUAGGUCUGUAAAAUAAACAUGGAUUGGGUCAUUGGAUCAUUAUCGAUCCCAUUGAGGUUUUGUUAGUGUUGAGAUUCUUGGCAGCACUUCAUGUGCUAGCAGUCCGUGUGCAAGCAUUUUGUGUAUAAAUUGCUGUUCAUCAGAAAAGCUUUUUGAGAGCUGAUAUGAUUUUAAUUUUUAUAA